GAGCUAGCUAGCUUCAGUGCAGAUGAUUAAAACACUAUACACACACCUAGUAGUAAAAAAACCUAUCUUCUCUCUCUCCUCUUUCUCUCUCUAACUUUCUUCAUUUGGUAAAGUAAAAAUCUUCAGAUUUUCCUUCAUUCAUCCUGGAAUGGUGCAGACUACUGUGAUCGAUAUGGAGUGGAACUCAAAGUGGGACUGGGAAAACCAUGAUAUUUUCGGUUCAAAAGCGGUUGCGGUUUCAAGUCCAAAGAAGGUACAAUCAUCAGAAGAUAUCGACGGGUCGUUUAAUCUUUCUGGGGUCGUUAAUGUCGACAAUUCAUCGUCGAAUUUCUCGUCUGAUCUUUCAAGAAGUUUCCAGAACAACACAUAUAACAACAAGAUAAAUGGAAAUUCUCCAUCGUUUGAGGCAUCGGUUUGCUCUUCUGAUCAGUCGAUUGGUUUAAAACUUGGUAAAAGAACGUACUUCGAGAACGGUUUUGCUAGCAGCGAUUCAAAAACACGCUCUGUAUCAAAUGUGAAAAAGGUUAAAGUAUCGAACAAGAGUAUGGCGGUUUCGAGAUGCCAAGUUGAGGGGUGCAACCUUGAUCUUUCGUCUGCGAAAGAAUAUCAUAAGAAGCAUAGAGUUUGUGAAAAUCAUUCGAAAGCGUUAAAGGUUGUUGUCGCUGGUCUUGAACGGCGGUUCUGCCAACAAUGUAGCCGAUUUCACGGGUUGUCGGAGUUUGACGGGAAGAAGAGGAGUUGCCGGCGGCGGCUUUCCAACCACAAUGCCCGCCGCCGUAAGCCGCAGCAGGAAACGAUCCACUUCAACCCGAGCAAUCUGUCUUCGUCAUUUUACGAUGGGCAACAACAAUUAGGGUUCGUGUUUAACAACGUUCCUCUGGUUCAGACUAAACCUGCUUUGAAUUCUGUUUGGGAAACCACAUGCAACCCGCAACAAACAGCACCCUUAGUAAAAGCUGAAAAACCUGAAGCUUUUCAGUUUCCGGAUGCUUUUACUUUCAAUAGGAUUACGCUGCCACCUAAGGCCAUCGCAGCCGGCGCUUUUCAUCAAGGUUCGAAUGCAGAAGCACUUGAUUUUCGCCGUGCUCUCUCUCUUCUGUCAAACAGUUCAUGGGGUUCAUGUGAGUCGGAUUUCGGAGGGCUUGACCAACCCAUGUAUACAAAUGGUCUCACCAUGGCUCAACAGGGAAUGCAUGCGGUUCACCACGGUUUGCCAUCCGAGGGCUGGCAGAUUGACCAGCAGUGCGUUGACACCCACGUUCAAUUUCAAGAAUCUCGGAAUCUUAAGGGACCGUAUGGAUUUCAGUACGGGAAUCCAAUGGAUGAAAUCUUGAAGCCCUUGUGACCUGGAGAAUUUUACAAAGUUGUUUAGGUUGUUGUUAUAUUCUGUUUUAUUUCAUUUCAGUGUUGGUUGUUUAUAGUUUUAAGGUGAAGAGGUAUUGGUCAACCAUUGACUUUAUAGUAAACACUUACCAUGGUGUUAUGGUUGAGAUUUUGGCAUAUUUAUUGGUAAAUUUCUGAACCUAUUGAUGAUUAUUAUCAUUCAGUUGAAGUAAAACAGAACCAAAUGAAUUUCAAGA